CACCAAAAUGUGGUUCCGCGCCUGCAGACUCGAGCCCGCAGACGACCGGCUCGGCGCGACCCUAGCGCCAAGUGUCCUCUCCUGGCGGCGAUCGGCGGAAGCUCUGGAAGCGACAGACCUCGGCCCACGGGCAGCGGCAGCGUGCACUCCUCCCCUUUUCCUCUCAAGGGAUGGGUGGGGGUUGUGAAGUUUGCCCAGAGCUAGAAGUCAGGGCGAAGGUUGUACUUAUUUUACGUCUACGUCUGUCGAAGGACAGGCGUCCGUUGCUCAAGAGAAAUGUCGGGUGUAAAUACUGUUGUGAUUGGAGGGGGUACCGGCUUCAUCGGCCGCGCUCUCGGAACGCUGCUCCACAAGAAAGGUUACCAGGUUAUAAAUAUUUCUCGAAUGCCCGGACCAAUGAACAUUGUGUGGGAUGAACUUGAAUACAGGGGUUUGCCCCCUUCAACUGCUGUUGUUAGUCUCGCAGGACAGAACAUCUUGGACCCAAAGAGACGUUGGACACCUGGCUUCAAGCAGAAUGUAUGGAACAGUCGUGUCAACACAACAAGUUCCUUAGCUAAAGCUAUUGCCAAGGCUCCUGAGAAACCAAAAGUAUUUGUUUCCAUUUCGGGUGUAGGUAUCUAUCCUCCAAGCUCGACUGCAGAAUACACAGAGGACACUCCUACACAACCUACUGAUUUCCUUUCUGAGCUGGCCAUUGCAUGGGAAGGUGCUGCCAAACUACCUCCUGAAGCUGGUGUGCGACAAGUUAUCUUAAGAUCAGGAGUUGUGCUUGGUCGUUUUGGUGGCAUGGUGCAGCAGCUUUAUUUGCCAUUCUUUUUUGGUGUUGGCGGGCCUAUUUCUCCAGGAACCCAAUAUUUACCAUGGAUUUAUAUUGAUGAUAUAGCCAAGAUGAUUCAGUUUUCCAUAGAAAAUGAAAAGGUGUCUGGGGUUUUGAAUGGUGUUGCUCCUCAGGUGAUAACAAAUAAGGAUUUUACAUCUGCGUUUGCAAAAGCUAUGUGGAGGCCUGCCUUAAUUCCUGUUCCAAAGUUUGCAUUAGACUUGGCUUUUGGCAGUGAACGAGCUAAAAUUAUGACUGAAGGUCAAAAAGUAAUUCCAAAGAGAGCUUUGGAGUAUGGCUUCAAGUACGACUAUCCAGAUAUUGAUUCUGCCUGUCGUAAAUGUGCUAGACUUUUUGACGACUUUGGGUUGAAAUAA